GUUCUGAACGUUUCUCAUUGACAGUCAUGACAGUUGCCGGUCGGACAGAAAAAGUUGAAUGUGAUAAAUGAAUAUUUUCUAAUCGAGUCAGCUGAAAAAAGCUUGCAUUUAUUUUAAUACAUCAAAACAAUUGACCUUGAUAAAUACUGCGCUGAAGUGAGGACAAAAAUGCCAGUAGACCAGAUCCAGUACUCCGAAAGAUAUAAUGAUGACGUAUAUGAAUAUAGACAUGUCAUCUUACCACCGGACCUAGCCCGGCUCGUCCCCAAGUCUCAUCUAAUGACCGAGACAGAAUGGCGGAACCUUGGAGUGCAGCAGUCGCCCGGCUGGCUCCAUUUCAUGGUGCACAACCCAGAGCCGCAUGUCCUGCUCUUCCGGAGGCCACGAACAGAUAUACAGGCACCGGUCAACGGGUUAGAUAGUAAUACAAGCUCAACUGUUAAGGUAUAGAUGUGAGCGGAUAUGUUUUGUUUAGACUUUGAAAUGGUUUUGAUAAAUUAAUGAAGAGGGGUGAAGGGGAUAUAUCAAUGGGGUGACAUGCAGGAAUCACGUAACACGUAGGGAUACACACAUAGGGAGUGUACAAGUUUCUAAUGGGUAGGCAACGCGCAUGUGUUACUCCUUGAGUUGCAGGCGUCCAUAGGUUACAGUGACUGCUUUCCAUCAGGCCGACCGUAUGCUUUUUUGCCACCGACGUUGUAUAAAAAAAACACAUUGUUGUUCUUCUAUGUAGGCGAACCUCAUGAUGGGUGCGAUAGUAUCUCACCCUCGAGUCAAACUGCUCAUCCUUUUCUAAUGGUAUCAAUUAGAGUGGGACAGGUAGACAAAACCUAUGUACACCUAUGUAAAGUGUGUAUCUUGCCUGUGAGACAUUGUCACACCUCUGCAGACAUGCAUUAAGUUGCUCUGCUUAUUUGCUACAAUAUGCUGUGCUGUUGAUCCCUUCCUGUCACCUUUCACCUCAGAGGAAAGGCAGUCUAGCUUAGCUAAAGGAUACAUUUGUGUCUCAGGAACCAAUUAUUUGAAAGUCUAAACAAAGCAUUACUUAAAUUAAUUUAAUUUAGCCUUGGAAUUAGCAAUAUCAUUGUAAAUCAACUAAUCAUUGAGGUUAUGAAUGUAUCUAAAGUUUUAUCAGUUGAUAAUGGCAAUAUGCAUAAUUCUUGAACACGAAGUUUUUAGAAUAUGUAAAGAACGAACUUGCCUACUCUGAACUACGCCGAUGGAUCAUCUGUUUGGUAUUUUAAGGGUUAAGUCUUUAGGUUUGUAAAAUAAAGUGGAGAUCUGUGGCCUUUUUCUCAAAACUGAAAGUUAUAAGUUACAAGCGGAAAACUCUUUCCAACUUGUCAUAUAAGACAUUGACAACCACUUGUAAAUUGUAACUUAUAGCUUCGAGAAAUGGGCCCUUGGCUGUUCAAAAAGUUUGUGUCUAGGCCCAAAAAUUUGUAAUACUCAGUCUACACAUUUUUAAUUAGAUUUUCAAUUGGAAGUAUUCGAACUAAGAGGGAGACUAGUUCUUUGUUGAUUUACAAAUAAUAUUCUAAUUCCAAGGAUUACUUGUUAUGAGACAUUUCCUAAUACUUAUAGUAUGAAAUAUUUAAACAUGUUAAAGGACUGAAUAUUGUAGCUAUGUGGAGUUUAUGUGAUAGUUGAGAGAUAAUUCGUGAUUUUAUCUAGAAUAUUAUUGAUUCAGUCUUAAAUUUAUAAAUUUAGUACUAAUUUGAAUGAAUUAUUAAUUGAAAUUAGUAUUAUUUUUAAUACCUCGAUAUGUAAAUGUGG